AUGUCGCAAUACGGUGGUCCCCCGCCUAACCAGUACGGUGGUGGCGAUUACUAUGCCCAGCAGGGCCAGGGCUACCCUCAGGGCCACGGUGGUCCUCCGCCGCAGGGCUACUAUCCUCCAGAGCAACACGGCUACGGUCAACCUCCGAGUCAAUACGGCCAGCCGCAGUACGGCCAGCCACCAGCUCAAUAUGGCCAGCAGGGCUACCCCCCUCCAUACAGCGCGCAACAACCCCACGGACAAUAUCCCGGGCAACCUGGCUACGGCGCCCCGCCCCAAGACCGCGGCCACUCGCCCUAUCCCCCGCAGCAGCAGUACCCGCCUCAAGGCGCGAAUGCCUCGUACUACGGUGAAGGACCUACUCCAGGCCAGCCGGGAUACGCGCCGGGUCCUGGCGGGCCAGAGGGCGAGAAGGGGCUUGGCUCUACGCUUGUCGGUGGUGCAGCUGGUGGCUUUGCGGGCCACAAGCUCGGUGGUGGGUUUAUGGGGACUGCGGCGGGUGCGGCGCUCGGUGCUGUUGGUAUGAACGUGGCUACGCAUGAAUAG